UUUCAAUGAUCCUGCAUAAACGUGGCGCUUCUUGCGCUUUCGUCUUUCGACUCUCUCUACGUCUUCUCCUUAAUUCUCUCUCGGUCUCCAUCUCUGCUAGAUUCUCCCAAUGUACCGGUGGUAGCCGCUGAUACCGAAUCCGGCGUGCUUUUGUUUUCAUUUUCAUUUCUGCGAGCUAAUAGCCUCCUAUCAUGGUUUCUGUGCAAGCUGAUGUUCAUAAAUGAUUAAUGAGUUAAUCCUUCAUCUUUGCUAUUCUUUUAACGAAGAAGAAAGAGAACAGGAGUUAAUAGUUCAAAAUUGGGUAAAUUUAAUAUUGGGUAUGAGUUUGUUAUGAGAAGAUUAUAAAACACCCCGGUGUUUAAUGAUGUCAUUCAGACCAUCUCUGAAAAGGAAUUCCUUCUUUGAUGGGGUAAAAUGUAGAUUAAAAAGGAAGCAGCUGCCAUUUAUGGGAGUUCUACUUGCAGUGAUGUUGUUCAUAGUAUAUAGGACCACAAGUUAUCAAAGUUAUCAAUAUCAACAAACACAGAUGGAAUUGGAGUUGCAACCUUUUGACACAUUAAAGGAAUCAGCUGUGGCUUCUGGAUUAUUGCAUGGUUUGCCUCUUGGUGUCGUACAAGCUAGUUCAGAUUUGGAGUUAAAGCCUCUGUGGUCAAGCAGUAGUUCAAGGUCAAAGGUUGAUAAUUCUAGCCAUCGUAAUUUGCUGGCUAUUCCAGUUGGUAUUAAGCUGAAGGAUAAUGUUGAUGCUAUUGUCCGGAAGUUUCUUCCACAGAAUUUUACAGUGAUUUUAUUCCAUUAUGAUGGCAAUUUGGAUAGUUGGUCGGAUCUUGCAUGGAGCAACAAGGCCAUACACAUAGUUGCUCAGAACCAAACAAAGUGGUGGUGUGCGAAACGCUUUCUGCAUCCAGCUGUUGUAUCUAUCUAUGAUUACAUAUUUCUAUGGGAUGAAGAUUUAGGGGUUGAGAAUUUUCAUCCAGGAAGAUACUUGGAAAUUGUAAGAUCAGAAGGACUGGAAAUAUCUCAGCCAGCUUUAGACCCUAAUUCGACUGACAUACAUCAUAGAAUUACUAUACGGUCCAGAGGGAAGAAAUUUCAUAGAAGAGUCUAUGACAGCAGAGGCAGUACUAGAUGUUCUGAUGCCAGUGAGGGGCCUCCAUGUACUGGAUUUGUGGAGGGAAUGGCUCCAGUAUUCUCAAGAUCUGCUUGGUACUGCACUUGGCAUCUUAUACAGAAUGAUCUAGUCCAUGGAUGGGGAAUGGAUAUGAAACUUGGAUACUGUGCACAGGGAGAUCCCACCAAAAAGGUGGGAGUUGUCGACAGAGAGUUUAUUGUUCAUCAGGGCAUACAAACUCUGGGCGGGGGUGGACCUCCUCGAAAAAAGACUUCGAAAAGAGCCAAACUGAUCAAGAGAACCGGUGCUUCACACAUGGAUUCUCGAGUGGAGAUUAGAAGACAGUCUUCAUGGGAGCUUCAAAUCUUCAAGGAGCGGUGGAAUGAAGCUGUAAAGGAGGACAAGCUCUGGGUUGAUCCCUUCAAAGGAAACCAAAAACACAGGAGAAGACGGCACAGCCACCACCACCACCACAUCAAGUUUAACCAUUUAACUUAAACCGAGCAGACUUAAUACACACACUUGUAUGGUUAGUUCAGCUUCAUCGAAACGCGGUAUGCACAGUGGUACCUAUACUGUAAUCUAGUUUGUGUAGCCUUGCAUUUGGUAUUUAUAGUUAUUUUUUCAUUCAUUAGACAUCAAAAUGGUUUCGUUCUUGCCAUUCAGAUUUUUGUUCAUUGUAUGUAGUUCCAGCUAAUUAUUUCUCCUAGGCUUUUCAAGCCUUUUAAGUUGCAGUAUGACUAAAGGUGUUCCGAUAUGUAUGUAUUAAUUUUAGGCGAAAAAUGGAUUUUUGUGGGUAAGUUACAAAAAAGAAAAAGCAAGCCCACUUUAUUACA